UGGACACCGCAGCAGCACGUGUGUGUGAAUGCUUGUUGUAGCCUACCGCCGGAAGCUCGGAAGUAGUCCAGAAGUCUGCAACAAUGCCGUCCAGACAGCUUCUUAUCGUUUCGUUGGUCUUUGCAUGCACUGGACUCCGUGAUGCCAAAUCCCUUAAAGAAAGAGUGGAAUCCCGCAUGGGAGCCGACCCUGAGAGACCCGGCUCCAGGGGGCCGCCCCACCGAUAUGCUGGUUCCCGACCGCCACGAGCAGUCGGACAGCUGUCAUCAUGGGCGUAUCCCAAGGAACCGGCGGCACCUGUGGCUUCUAUGAACCCCCCGAUGUUUCAGCUGAGACCUCCAACGACGACCAGGGACAAUUUAGCCGUGCGCUGUGGAGAGGACUCUGUGGACGUGGAGGUCAGCCAGGACCUCCAAGGGACCGGUCGCCUUGUGCAACCGGAUGAGCUGACGCUGGGUGGUUGUGCAGCCACCCUGGCCGAUGACUCUUCUCAAGUGCUCCUCUUUCACUCCCAGCUGCAUGGGUGCAACAGUAAACUCAUACUGACAAACGAUAAACUUGUCUAUGCCUUCAAGCUGCUCUACAAGCCCAAGUACCGAAAAGGCGUCACUAUCGUGAGAACCGUGGCCGCUGCGAUCGGAGUGGAGUGUCACUACUCACGACUUCAGCUGGCUUCAAUUAGCCCGUUUUAGCCAGUUUUGGGUCCUUUUUUUAAUAAUCUGAUUCUCUUAAGUGUAUGUAUUCAAAAUAAAAUGUAUCUGUAUUCUUAAACUGCCUCAUUAAUUAUUUUAGGUUGACUGCUUGAUAUAGGCUAUGCCUAAUUAGUUUACAUCUGUAAAUGUAUGUCUUUUUAUUCAGAGCCAAUCAAUGCAGGGGCCGUUGCGGUUUGCAUGAAUCUGUUUACAGUAAAUGUGAAGUUACUUUUCCACAACUGAGUUCUUAAAGUGGAAGACAUUGGUGUCUCAAUUCCUCUGAAAGGUUUACUGAAUGCAUUCUCCAAGUGUAUGCGUGUGUCAUAUCAAUACCAAAUAAUGUAUAGAACAUUCAGCCAUCACUAAUGAAAUCCUACAUUGUCUAUUUUCCAAAUAUGCAAAUUAAUUAUUAAAUCAAGCUGCUGGUU